AUGGAAGCGAUCAGUUUAGCAAUCAAUCCUUGGGUGCUUUUUGCCUUUACCGUUGCCUUUCUCUGGUAUCUAAUAUUUCGACGGCAAAAGCGAGUGAAUUAUCCACCAGCACCAUGGGGUUUACCCAUCGUCGGAAAUUUGCCUCAUCUUGGCUCCUCACCGCACAUAGCAUUGACCAAAUUGAGCAAGGUCUACGGUGAUGUGUUUUCCGUGAGGUUUGGUUCGAGAGACGCUGUCGUUUUGAACAGUGAGAAAGUAGUCAGAGAGGCGUUGUUGCAACGUCAUCGACAUUUUUCCAACCGACCUUCACUUUUCAUGAUGAAUGUACUUGGUGUUCAGAAAUUCAGCAUUGCUUUUGGAGAAUAUUGCCCUAUUCAGGUUCAGAGAAAAAGGUGCGCCUUGAGAGCAAUCCACGAAACUGUCUUUAGCGACCUGGAUCAUUUCAACAAAAUUGUUCAAGAUGAGAUUAAAGAUUUUGAAAAGGAGCUAUUCCAGAAAGGAACCGAAAUCUUUCAACCAUCCGUUCAACUGAAGAUGGCUGUUAGCAAAAUAAUGUUUAAGUUUACCUUUGGAGAGGAUCCUCGUGACCACUUGUUGUCGAAAGAACUGGAAAGAAUUGCUGUCGAGUCAACAGAGUUUACAGAGAGCAGUGCUGCUGGCGCUCUUGUAGAUUUUAUCCCCUCGUUGAAGCCUUUUCUUCGCAAGCAGAUCGCAGUAGCCGAACACUCGGUGGAAGAAUUGAUCAACUUCGUCCACAAGGUUUAUACCACCCGUAAACAUCUCCUAAAGAGUGAUUCUUGCAUUGCCUUGUGCAUUAGGAAACUUUUGGAAAACUUACUAAAGAAAUAUAGUGGAGAGCCGAAAAUGUAUUCAAACACGCUUAACGAGCAGAGCUACCCAUUACCUCAAAGCAAGUCGUGUAAUAUAAGCGACGAAGAAAUGGCCAAACUGGAGCUGGGCUGGAAACGGUUGGCAACGCUUUGUGUUGGGCAAUGGGCUUUAUAG